AUGUCGUUCCGAUCUCUUCUUGCCCUGAGCGGCCUUGUCUGCUCGGGGCUGGCAAGUGUUAUUUCCAAGCGCGCGACCUUGGAUUCGUGGUUGAGCAACGAAGCGACCGUGGCUCGUACUGCGAUCCUGAAUAACAUCGGGGCGGACGGUGCUUGGGUGUCGGGCGCGGACUCUGGCAUUGUCGUUGCCAGUCCCAGCACCGAUAACCCGGACUACUUCUACACUUGGACUCGCGACUCUGGUCUCGUCAUCAAGACCCUCGUCGAUCUCUUCCGCAAUGGAGAUACUGAUCUCCUUUCCACCAUUGAGAACUACAUCUCCUCUCAGGCAAUUGUUCAGGGUAUCAGUAACCCCUCUGGUGAUCUGUCCAGCGGUGGUCUUGGUGAGCCCAAGUUCAAUGUCGAUGAGACUGCCUACACCGGGUCUUGGGGACGGCCGCAGCGUGAUGGUCCUGCCCUGAGAGCAACUGCUAUGAUCGGCUUCGGGCAGUGGCUGCUUGACAAUGGCUACACCAGCGCUGCAACGGAGAUUGUUUGGCCCCUCGUUAGGAACGACCUGUCGUAUGUGGCUCAGUACUGGAACCAGACGGGAUAUGAUCUCUGGGAAGAAGUUAAUGGCUCAUCCUUCUUCACUAUUGCUGUGCAGCACCGCGCCCUCGUCGAAGGUAGUGCCUUCGCGACGGCCGUCGGCUCGUCCUGCUCCUGGUGUGAUUCGCAGGCACCUCAGAUUCUCUGCUACCUGCAGUCCUUCUGGACCGGCGAAUACAUCCUGGCCAACUUUGAUAGCAGCCGUUCCGGCAAGGACACCAACACCCUCCUGGGAAGCAUUCACACCUUUGAUCCUGAGGCUGGGUGCGACGACUCCACCUUCCAGCCCUGCUCCCCGCGUGCGCUCGCCAACCAUAAGGAGGUUGUAGACUCUUUCCGCUCGAUCUAUACUCUCAACGAUGGUCUCAGUGACAGUGAGGCGGUUGCCGUCGGUCGGUACCCCGAGGAUAGCUACUACAACGGCAACCCGUGGUUCCUGUGCACCUUGGCUGCCGCGGAGCAGCUGUACGAUGCUCUGUACCAGUGGGACAAGCAGGGGUCGUUGGAGAUCACAGACGUGUCGCUUGACUUCUUCCAGGCUCUGUACAGUGAUGCUGCCACCGGCACGUACUCUUCGUCCAGCUCAACCUAUAGCAGCAUUGUGGAUGCCGUAAAGACUUUCGCUGAUGGUUUCGUCUCUAUUGUGGAAACUCACGCCGCAAGCAACGGCUCUCUGUCCGAGCAAUACGACAAGUCUGAUGGCGACGAGCUUUCUGCUCGCGAUCUGACCUGGUCUUACGCUGCUCUGCUGACCGCCAACAACCGUCGUAACUCUGUCAUGCCUCCUUCUUGGGGCGAGACCUCUGCCAGCAGCGUGCCCGGCACCUGUGCGGCUACCUCUGCCUCUGGUACCUACAGUAGUGUGACUGUCACCUCGUGGCCGAGUAUCGUGGCUACUGGUGGCACUACUACGACGGCAACCACCACUGGAUCCGGCAGCGUGACCUCGACCAGUAAGACCACCACAACUGCUAGUAAGACCAGCACCACUACGUCCUCGACCUCCUGCACCACUCCCACCGCCGUAGCUGUGACAUUUGAUCUGACGGCCACCACCACCUACGGCGAGAACAUCUACCUGGUCGGGUCGAUCUCUCAGCUCGGUGACUGGGACACCAGCGACGGCAUAGCUCUGAGCGCUGACAAGUACACUUCCAGCAACCCGCUCUGGUAUGUAACCGUGACUCUGCCGGCUGGUGAGUCGUUUGAGUACAAAUUCAUUCGCAUUGAGAGCGAUGACUCCGUGGAGUGGGAGAGCGACCCGAACCGGGAGUACACGGUUCCUCAGGCGUGCGGAGAGUCGACCGCGACGGUGACUGACACCUGGCGGUAG